AUGUCUUUCAGAGUCACUAAGUUCAUCUCAGCACCUUACGGUUCUCGUUAUUGCUUGGGUGAGCAACCUCUCUUAUCGGUGGAUCACGUCAGCAACGAGCAACAAGUAACACUUGAUAUCUUUUGCAGCCAGCAUGCUUUAUUUCACCAUUUGGUGAUCCUCGUUACCAAGCAACGUUCGAUUCCUUUGAUGGACAUGGUGGAAAGCACGUAUGAUAUCGGUGGAUCAUAUCAGCAACGAACAGCAACGCCAAGUAUAUACUUUGGUAUCAUCAAACUUUAUCCUAUCAUCUGGUGGUUUUGGUUAUUGGCAACUCGUUUGAUGGGCAUCUCUCAGCCCGCAUCUCUUACCGGUGGAUCAUACCGUAUCAGCAACAAGCAGCAGGGUGUAUAUCGUUGUGUGGCAUCAUGCUUAUUCGACUUCUACAUGGCUCUGGUUAUCACGCAAUGCUCCAUUCCUUUACAAAACGGUUCCCAACAUUCGUCUUUUGUAUGGUCUCCUCUGCAGGAAGGAAGGUAG